AUGGGCGGCCUCAGCGCCCGCCCGAGCGCUGGGAGGACCGACCCGGCGGGGACCUGCUGGGGGCAGGACCCGGGGAGCAAGAUGGCCACGGUCAUCCCCGGCCCCCUGAGCCUAGGCGAGGACUUCUACCGCGAGGCCAUUGAGCACUGCCGCAGCUACAACGCGCGCCUGUGCGCUGAGCGCAGCCUGCGCCUGCCCUUCCUCGACUCGCAGACCGGCGUGGCCCAGAACAACUGCUACAUCUGGAUGGAAAAGACCCACCGCGGCCCUGGUCUGGCCCCGGGACAGAUCUACACGUACCCCGCGCGCUGUUGGAGAAAGAAACGGAGACUUAACAUCCUGGAGGACCCCAGACUCCGGCCCUGCGAGUACAAGAUCGAUUGUGAGGCACCCCUGAAGAAGGAGGGUGGCCUCCCCGAAGGGCCUGUCCUUGAGGCGCUACUGUGUGCUGAGACAGGGGAGAAGAAGAUUGAGUUGAAGGAGGAGGAGACCAUUAUGGACUGCCAGAAACAGCAGCUGCUGGAGUUUCCACAUGAUCUCGAGGUGGAAGACUUGGAGGAUGACAUUCCCAGGAGGAAGAACAGGGCUAAAGGAAAGGCAUAUGGCAUCGGGGGUCUCCGGAAACGCCAGGACACCGCAUCCCUGGAGGACCGAGACAAGCCGUAUGUCUGUGAUAUCUGUGGGAAACGGUAUAAGAACCGGCCAGGGCUCAGCUACCACUACACCCACACCCACCUGGCUGAGGAGGAGGGGGAGGAGAACGCCGAGCGCCACGCCCUGCCCUUCCACCGGAAAAACAACCAUAAACAGUUUUACAAAGAAUUGGCCUGGGUCCCUGAGGCACAGAGGAAACACACAGCCAAGAAGGCGCCCGAUGGCACCGUCAUCCCCAACGGCUACUGUGACUUCUGCCUGGGUGGCUCCAAGAAGACGGGGUGUCCCGAGGACCUCAUCUCCUGUGCUGACUGUGGGCGAUCAGGACACCCCUCAUGUUUACAGUUUACGGUGAACAUGACGGCGGCCGUGCGGACCUACCGCUGGCAGUGCAUCGAGUGCAAGUCCUGCAGCCUGUGCGGCACCUCGGAGAACGACGGUGCCAGCUGGGCGGGUCUCACCCCCCAGGACCAGCUGCUGUUUUGUGACGACUGCGAUCGGGGUUACCACAUGUACUGCCUGAGCCCCCCCAUGGCGGAGCCCCCGGAAGGGAGCUGGAGUUGUCACCUCUGUCUUCGGCACCUGAAAGAGAAGGCCUCUGCCUACAUCACCCUCACCUAG